AAAAGUUUUCAACCCUCCAACCAACUUACUAUGAGAAUCCAAUAGAUUUCCAUGGAAGCUAACCUCAAAUUCCAAUAAGAUUCGACGAAUCGAUGAAUUUUUUUUUAUCAUCACAUUUUUGACAUUUAGUGAAGAAAAAUAACUUUUUGCGUGGAAAAAACUCGUGAAAAUCAGUGAAAAACUGUGGGUUUUUUGCAAUGGCAAGCCUUCUAAGGACAAUUUCUCGUCAAGGACCCUCAUUGUGGAUCCGACAGAUUUCCUCAACUUCUGUGAACCGCUCUGAUGAUAUUUCGAAGGCACUGAAGCAGAAGGAAGCCCCCAUUGUGGAUGCCAAGUUUACGCUUCUGAAACCCGAAGAACAGGCACAGAAAACCAAACUCGCCGGAGUCAUCGAAGUGCCAGAGAAAGUUGAUGUGAGCCCCAUUACGGGAGUUCCGGAGGAGCAUGUGAAGACUCGUCGUGUCCGAAUCUAUGUGCCCCCAAAGAAUGCCAUGCAGAGUGGAACAAAUAACAUCCAAAAUUGGGAAAUUGAGUUUGAUAAUCGUGAAAGAUGGGAAAAUCCUCUCAUGGGAUGGGCUUCCACCGGAGAUCCUCUGUCCAAUAUGAAAGUCCAAUUCAAUUCGAAGGAGGAAGCAAUUGAGUUUUCCGAAAAGAACGGAUGGCGUUGGUUUAUCGACGGAGAUGAGCGUCAGAAGCCGAAGAGAGUGAAGAAUUAUGGAAAUAACUUCUCCUGGAAUAGACGUACGCGGGUUUCCACCAAGUAAUUUCGCGUGGAAAUGAUGGGAAAACUCCGGAAAAUCCAUCUUUAGCUCUUUGUUUCAAUAAAUUUAUUGUAAAAAGUA